UAUUUGGGAAGGGGUGUUAUGUUUUUGAUCGAGAAGCUUCUAUUUAUAAUGGAUUGUUGCAAUAGCUCGAGUGUGAGGCGGGAAUCAUAUGACCUGCGUUCAUUCCUGUAGUAUCGCUGUGACACGCGCUGUGUGAAGCGCAUUUCUCCGUCGCUCGCGAGAGGAGCCUCGGCAUUAACAUGUACCAGACCGCUGUGCUCCACUGAAAUACUGUCGGAUAUAUAUAUAUUUAAACAGCAGGCUCAUUCUCUUAUUUACAGAAUAGACGUGAUUACGGUAGACGAUGCCUGAAGAAAAAGCGUUUCACCAGCAGGCUGUUCACAGUCCCCUGGAACAGCAGAAGGGACAGCGGCAGAGCGGCCCCAUCCCGUGUCAAAACUGUGGCAAGCCCUGCAAAGGCGAGGUGCUCCGGGUGCAGAACAAACACUUCCACAUCAAGUGCUUUGUCUGCAAAGUUUGUGGAUGUGAUUUGGCUCAGGGAGGCUUUUUUGUGCGUCAGGGUGAGUUUAUCUGCACUCUGGAUUAUCAGCGGCUCUAUGGCACCCGCUGCUUCAGUUGUGAAGAGUUCAUUGAAGGGGAAGUUGUGUCCGCUCUGGGCAAGACAUACCAUCCGCGCUGCUUUGUCUGUGCCAUCUGCAAGCAGCCAUUUCCAGCUGGGGGCCGCGUGACGUUUAAUGGGAAGGAGUGCGUUUGUGAGAAAUGCACUCAGCCUGUGCCAGUCAACAGCACGGCAUCUCCACAGGCUGUGCACAAUUGCUGUGGCUGUGGAAAGGAGUUUAAAAAUGAGCAGUCUCUGGUGGCAUUGGACAAGCACUGGCACCUUGGCUGCUUCAAGUGCAAAGUGUGCAAUAAAGUGCUUAAUGCAGAAUAUAUCAGCAAAGACGGGAUCCCCUACUGUGAGGCAGACUACCACGCCAUGUUCGGCAUCCAGUGUGAAACCUGCAAGAAAUACAUCACUGGAAAAGUACUUGAGGCUGGAGAAAAACUCUAUCAUCCCACAUGUGCCAGAUGUGCACGUUGUGACCAGAUGUUUGGGGAGGGGGAGGAGAUGUACCUGCAAGGUUCUUCCAUCUGGCAUCCUCCUUGCAGACAGGCAGCGCGUAUGGAGGAGAAGAGUAAGAAACAAGUGCGGAUUCAGCUCAGUGAUCUCCAUUCCAAUGUACCUGAGCAGGUGACAAGAACAUCCUCUGAGAGCAUCACCUCUGCUCCUGCCUCCAGUGCAUCGGGCUCCCCUAGCAGAGUUAUCUAUGCAAAGCUGGGUGAUGAACUUCUGGACUACAAGGACCUGGCUGCUCUUCCAAAAAUCAAAGCGAUCUACAACAUUGACAGACCUGACAUGCUCUCAUACUCACCCUAUGUGAGCUACCCUGUGGAGGACAGGACUUUUGGAGAGUCACCUCAGCAACUCACCCCCACUCCAACUGAGGGAGAUGGGGAAAAGUCUCCCCGGCAGAGGAGGCCCUCCAACCCCAGCUCCAACAGCUCUUUAGGGGGUUAUGGCCGCUAUACGCCUUCCCGCUCACCUCAGACCUACAGCAGACCAGAGCAAUAUCUGAGUGUCAAAUACACCACUCAUGCAGAAAAUUCCAACUUGUUGCCUGUUCCAACUUCGGGGAGGAGUAGUGCCCAUGGUAGUGCCAGAGGCUCCUCCCCACUGCCUUUGUACAGCGGCAGUGGUAGAAACACACCACAGGCAGGGAGUGGUGGCGUGGCCCUGCCCCUCAACCCCACUACUCUGGAUUUGCUCCAACAGCACAACUACAUCCCUUACUUCAGAGGUAGUGAAAGCGGUCGGAGCACCCCCAGUUUCUCCACCUACUCUGAUGGCAAAUCUCCUUCCUCUACAUAUGUGGCGACCCCACGGCAUUUCCAUGUCCCAGAGACUAAAGUCAAAGAUAAUAUCUAUAGAAAGCCCCCUAUCUACAAACAGCAUGGUACAGUCCAGUCUCCGUACAACCAUGUUUCUUUGCAUGCUGUUACGCAUGUCACCAUGGUACAUGUGGCCAUGGAACUGUAACCUUUGACCCUCCUUCUGUCUGCUGGUUUCCAUUUCAGCUCCAAACAGUAGGCCUUGUAGGUUUUACAAAUCCCAGAAAAAGGUUUGAAUUUGACAAGAUACUUGUUAUCAAGCAGUCAGUACCUAAUUGUUGGUUCUUGACCACAUGCCUAAGGGUUAUAUUUCUUAGAUAUUCAAU